CCCGAUUCGCAUCGACUCACGAUUUUUCGGGGUUUUGAUUAUAAUUUCUAAACGUUGGCUGCACUUGGUUCGUUCUGAACCCCCGCCCUUACUUGCUUGAUAAACCCUACCCCAACCAGAGUAGGGCUACCUGAAGUGAACGACGACCGAGCUUGGGAGGAAAAUGGCUGAAGAUGCCAUAUUGGGUUUCUUGGAGAAGAACGAAAAGAUUGCUGAUUCCGGGAAGUUUGCAUCUAACAUCGGAAUCGAUCACAACGAGAUCGUCAAUGUCAUCAAGAGCCUCCACGGUUUCAGGCUUGUCGAUGCUGAGGACAUCAAGAGAGAGAAGUGGGUUCUCACAGAUGAAGGGAAAUCAUAUACUGUGGCAGGCUCACCUGAGGUGCAGCUCUUCUUGGCGGUGCCGCCAGAAGGCAUCUCUCGGGAAGAAUUACAGAAAAAGGUUGACCCCUCAGUUUACAAAAUAGGUUGUUCCCAGGCCAUUAAGAAUAAGUGGUUGGAGAUGGGAAAGGCGCAAGUAUCCAGAAAGGUUCAACAAGUGGAGGAUCAAGUCAAAGAUUUGCUUCUUCGGAUACAAGAUGGGGAGGCUGUUGAUCAAGGGGAUAUUGAUGCUCUCAAAAAGAGAAAGCUUAUUGCACUGCAAACAUGGAAGAGCUAUUCUCUUACAAAGGGUCCUAAUUAUGCUCCAAAAAGGAAGAAGGUUGCCACAGAUUUGACUCGCGAACAUCUACAGAGGGGUGAUUGGAAGGAUUUAGAGUUCAAAGAGUAUAACUUCAGUGCUAAGGGCCAGCCAGCGGAAGGUGGCCAUCUCCAUCCUUUGCUCAAGGUGCGGAAGCAAUUGCAAAUGAUCUUCCUCCAAAUGGGUUUUGAGGAGAUGCCAACAAAUAACUUUGUUGAAAGCAGCUUUUGGAAUUUUGAUGCACUGUUCCAGCCGCAACAACAUCCUGCUCGUGAUUCACAUGAUACCUUCUUUCUACAAGUUCCUUCCACUACAAAAAAGCUACCUGAAGAUUAUGUUGAGAGGGUGAAACGUGUUCAUGAAUCAGGCGGUUAUGGGUCCAGAGGAUAUGGUUAUGACUGGAAAAGGGAGGAAGCAAACAAAAAUUUGCUGCGAACCCACACAACUGCUGUGUCCUCAAGAAUGCUCUACUUACUUGCACAGAAACCUUUUGCCCCCAAAAAGUAUUUCUCUAUUGACCGGGUUUUCCGAAAUGAAGCUGUGGAUCGAACACAUCUUGCAGAGUUCCACCAAAUUGAGGGUCUAGUCUGUGAUCGGGGGCUUACUCUAGGUGACCUGAUAGGAGUCUUGCAUGACUUCUUUUCACGUCUAGGUAUGUCAAAGUUGCGAUUUAAACCAGCUUACAAUCCUUACACUGAGCCCAGCAUGGAAAUCUUCAGUUAUCAUGAAGGCUUCAAGAAAUGGGUCGAGAUCGGAAAUUCUGGUAUGUUUCGGCCUGAAAUGCUGCUUCCAAUGGGAUUGCCUGAAGAUGUGAGGGUAAUUGCAUGGGGUCUUUCUCUUGAAAGACCAACCAUGAUACUAUAUGGCAUUGAUAACAUUCGAGAUCUCUUUGGACACAAGGUGGAUCUCAGUCUUAUUAAGAGAAACCCAAUUUGCCGCCUUGGAGUUGAUUAGACUGGGUUCUCCGUGCUUAUUAUUCAAUUUUUUCCCAACAAUGGCAUGGAUAAAUUCUGAMUACAUUAACGCCAACAAACAAUUGUUUUUUAAAUGAAACUGAUAACCUUGCAAUCUUUUUUAAUAGACUUCUGAGAUGUGUAUUGUUUAGAAUAUAUUGUGAUUACUAAGGAGAAAAGGUUGUUCCUUUAUUUGUUGUAAAUUUCAGUUCGUAGUCAA